CACAAUAAAACUAUAAAAAAGGGACCCAGGGCCACUUAUUUAUACAUCGGAUGUAGUCCAAGUCUGUGCGCCAUCAUGAAGAUUAACGAAAAAAAUUUGUAUGUGUUCGCCAAGACGCCUCCCUAUGACAUGGAAGGCUUCCUUAACAAACGGGGCGAGGUCAACAGGGCUUUUCAGCGUCGGUACUUUGUUCUCAAGGGAAACCUGCUGUUCUAUUUCGAGUCGCGGGUGGAUAAGGAGCCCCUCGGCCUGAUUAUUGUCGAAGGUUGCACCAUCGAACUAUCCAAUGAGAUGGAUCACUAUUGCUUUGAGAUCGCCUUCAACGGCAAUCGCACGUACAUUCUCGCUGCUGAGAACCAGGAGAGUAUGGAGGCCUGGAUGAAGGCUCUUACCUGUGCUGGCUACGAGUACAAACGGAUCGUCGUGGCUGAGCUGCAGCGACAGCUCCAUGAAAUCGACGAGUCCAAAAAUAAAAUGCUCGGUCACUCAGUAGAUGGUGCUCAAAAUAAAAUGGAGGGAACUAAGCCGAAGCCUCCUCCAAGACGAACGAAUCCUUUUAAUAGGCCAGCUCCCCCGGUACCGGACAUGCCAUUUAGCAAUGGACACUUUGGAUCCAGCAACGCGAGAUCGCAGCAGGAACAGAUCAUCCUUCACAAAGCUUAACUCAGUGUUCGUCAGAGAGUCCCUCAUCAUUGUGUGACCGCGCCAGAUCGCAAUAAGUCUCUCUUUGUCAACAUGCCCCUUAGCGAGAUAUUCGCCAAAGUCUGUUGUUUGUUGCCAAUGCAAGGAUACAAGCUCUUUCCACUUGCAGAUGCCAACGGAAACGGUACUCCGCAUGGUACGCCCAAAGCUUCACGACGCCAUCCGCCCACCCACCAGGGCACCAGUGUCUUUUAUUCGGAAGCAAGUGAUCCAGCAAACUCAGUAUUACCUCGAGGCCAACCUAAGAUUAGCCGCACCAAAUGCUCGGAGCAGCAGCGAAAACGUACGUUGGAGGAGUUCGUCAGGACCCAUGAACGCUUCCGGAAGGAGCUUAUGUCCGAUGUGACUGAUUAUCGUGAGCGCCAAGUUCAGCCCCUAAUAAGGUUUUAAUAAAUCAGCCAAUCGAAAGUUAUUCUAAAUCAAAAUAAUUCUAAAAUAACAUAUAAAAUAUAUAAAAUUUUAAUUUUUGCUUGAAUAAAAUAAGAAUAAUUUUAAAAACAAAUUAUCCUUGUUUUUCGUAUUACCAUUUCAGCUAUACGCAGUGCCUACUGUAACAUCGUAUUUCUCAACAUUGUUUUGCAACAUUUUGCAGCACUGAAUAAAAAAGUUGUUUUAUGACAUUUACCAACACGAUUCCAGGUGUCCGAUUGGACUCAGUUCUUGAAAUCAUAAUUUUGCUUAUUUCCGGCAAACAACUGCAAUUAUCAAUUAACAU